UUUUUUUUUUUUGUUUAAUAAACAGUACAACUAAUGUCAACUUUAGCAAAACCAUUCAUCCGACCCUCAGCUUCUUUAAUUAUUGCAGCUCCCAUACUAUUUACUAACGGAAUUAAGAAUGAUGGUAGUAACUAUAAAAUACUCAUGAUGAAAAGAAAUGCAAAAAGCAGUUUUGUAAAUGCUCACGUUUAUCCUGGUGGAGUUGUUGAUGAAGCAGAUAAUUAUUUAAAUUGGUGUGAAAAAGACAUGAAUGAGAAAGAAGGCGAUUUAUUGACAAACAAAAUUUGUGCAAUUAGGGAAACAUUUGAAGAAUCUGGUUUAUUAUUAUCAAAUCCACCAGCUCAUACAAUUAAAGAUUUAAACAUUAACAUAUGGAGAGAUAAAGUGCACAAAGAUGCAGCCCAAUUUAAAGUAAUGUGCAAAACUUAUAACAUCCGUCCCGCUACAAAUCAACUUGUUCCCUUUUCUAACUGGAUAACGCCUAUCAUAGAAAAGAAAAGGUACGAUGCUCAUUUCUUUUUAACUGUUCUGGAAGGAUAUAAAACAAAAAAGGAACAAGAUUUACAUUUCAAUUUUGUGACUGCAGAUGGAGAAGAAACAGUUUUAUUUGAAUGGUUAAAACCAGAAGAAGGUAAUUUUCUCCCUUUUUUUUUUUACAAGAAUGAUAAAGGUUCUAUUAAAAAAUAUUUAGCCAUUGAACAGCAAAAAGAGAAAAAGAUAGUCUUGAUACCUCCUCAAUGGUAUUCACUUUCUGUAUUAAAAGAAUUUUUAGACUAUAGAGAUCUAAAAACAAAGGCAGGAAUAGACAUCUUUAGAACAAGACAUACUAAUGAAAUUAUAACCAUUUUACCUCAAAGUCAUCGAGUAGAACCUAAUUCAUUGGAAGCUAAGAAUGGAUUUAAUUUCUACUUGGCUUAUCCAGGUGAUGAAAGUUAUGAAAGUAAAAGAUAUACGAAAAAGAAGGGGAAUAGACAUCGACUUUAUUUUAAAGGAAGAAUGGAAGAGUAUUUUAUUGAAAGAAAUGUAAACAUGUCUAAUGUAGUUAUCCAGUCAACUUCUAAUUUAUAAAUUAUUUCUAUUAUUAUUUUUAAUAAUUCACUCUUGCAAGUAAAAUACAGUCUUUGAGAGAAGUUU